GCCCUAACUGCCGUGGUUUGCUUGAACCACGGAUCUUAAACCCGUCGUGUCAGCCAGAGUCAACACAAAAAUCGCCUGACGAGUUCCUUGGCGACACAAAUCGGGGUGUUUGGUUCUGGCAAAGCGGCCUGUAUAUGUAAUAGCGCCUCAUUAUGGUCCGCGACUACGAAGACGACCGCUCCAGCAAGCGAAGGAAGCUUGACUUCAACCCGCUUCGCUCCGACGAUAGAUUCGACAAUCUCCCAUCGCGCAGCCAUAGUCGGAGCAAUGGCGCUGGCACUUUUAAAUCCCAAAGUGCAACUCCCCGCGCUGGGUCCCGUCUCUCUGGCGCCGCAACGCCGCGUCAGCGUGAGUUCGACGGCCCGGAGGCGGGAGUGGACGACCAGGAUGCCGUGAAUGCGCUGGAUCGCGACUGGUAUGGCGGUGAUGAUGACCUCGGCGGACAUACGUUUGGCGACGAGACGCAUAACCCAUUCGGUGAUGCCGGCUGGGAGGCGCAGGAGAGGGAGGCUGCACUGAUGGAGAAAAGGAUUGGCCAGGUCUCGCGAGGGAUGAGCGCCCGCCAGAUACAGAAGCAGAAGGAUGUCGAUGCCUGGGAGACCAACCGGAUGCUCACUUCGGGCGUCGCGCAGCGGAGAGAUAUGGGCCAUGAUUUUGAGGAUGACCAGGAGGGCACGCGCGUGCAUCUCCUGGUCCACGAUCUGCGCCCGCCUUUCCUGGACGGACGGACAGUCUUCACCAAGCAGCUCGACCCGGUCCCCGCGGUCCGGGACCCCUCGAGUGACAUGGCCGUCUUCAGCAGAAAGGGCAGCAAGGUCGUCAGGGAACGGAGACAGCAGCGCGAGCGCGCGCGACAAACCCAGGAAGCUACAAGUAUGGCAGGAACUGCGCUAGGUAAUCUCAUGGGCAUCAAGGAAACCGACACGGACAGCGCACUUCCAAUCGCCAGCGAGGAUUCUUCCAAGGCCCAGAACUCCAACAAGUUCAGCGAGCAUCUGAAAAAGUCCGAAGGCGCAAGCACUUUUAGUCAAAGCAAGACCCUGAGAGAGCAACGCGAAUUUCUUCCCGCGUUUGCUGUACGAGAAGACUUGCUGCGCGUCAUCCGAGACAACCAAGUGGUCAUUGUGAUUGGAGAGACAGGCUCUGGUAAGACGACGCAGCUCACCCAAUUCUUGUACGAGGACGGCUACGGCGAGAGAGGCAUGAUCGGCUGCACACAACCUCGGAGAGUCGCCGCAAUGAGUGUCGCUAAGCGUGUCGCCGAGGAAAUGGAGGUGAAGCUCGGCAGCACCGUCGGCUACGCCAUCCGUUUCGAGGACUGCACCAGCAAGGACACGGUCAUCAAGUACAUGACAGAUGGCGUGUUACUUCGGGAAUCCCUAAACGAGCCAGACCUGGAUAGGUACUCGUGCGUUAUCAUGGAUGAGGCGCACGAAAGAGCCCUCAACACGGAUAGACGGCGCGAUCUAAAGCUGAUUGUGACGUCUGCCACGAUGAACUCUAAGCGCUUCUCCGACUUUUAUGGGGGCGCGCCCGAGUUCACCAUCCCCGGGCGGACAUUCCCGGUAGAUAUCAUGUUCCACCGGUCACCCGUGGAGGAUUAUGUCGACCAAGCUGUGCAACAGGUGCUAGCUAUCCACGUGGGGAAGCCGGCUGGUGAUAUUCUUGUGUUCAUGACGGGCCAAGAAGACAUUGAGGUAACGUGCGAACUGGUUAGGGAGCGGCUUGACGCACUCAACGACCCGCCCAAACUGAGCAUACUCCCAAUCUACAGUCAGAUGCCUGCGGAUUUGCAGGCCAAGAUCUUUGACCGGGCGCCUCCAGGGGUUCGGAAAUGCAUCGUGGCGACAAACAUUGCCGAGACCAGCUUGACAGUCGACGGCAUCAUGUAUGUGGUGGACGCCGGGUACUCCAAGCUCAAGGUCUACAACCCACGAAUGGGUAUGGAUACCCUCCAGAUCACGCCCAUCUCGCAAGCAAACGCGGCCCAGCGCGCCGGCCGCGCAGGGCGAACUGGACCCGGCCAGGCGUACCGUCUCUUUACCGAAAAAGCGUUCCGGGACGAGAUGUACAUCCAGACAAUUCCCGAAAUCCAGAGGACCAACUUGAGCAAUACGGUCCUCCUCCUCAAAUCGCUGGGCGUCAAGGACCUGCUCGACUUUGACUUUAUGGAUCCGCCGCCACAGGACACCAUUACGACGUCGCUAUUCGACUUGUGGGCCCUGGGCGCUCUCGACAACCUCGGCGAGCUCACGGAACUCGGGCGCAAGAUGAACGCCUUUCCCAUGGACCCGUCGCUGGCCAAGCUCCUGAUCAUGUCGGAAGAAUACGGCUGCAGCGAGGAGAUGGUCACCAUCGUCUCAAUGCUCUCGGUCCCCAAUGUCUUUUACAGGCCCAAGGAGCGGCAAGAAGAGUCGGAUGCGGCUCGCGAAAAGUUCUUCGUCCCCGAGUCGGACCAUCUCACGUAUCUGCACGUCUACACGCAGUGGAAGGCCAACGGCUACAGCGACGGCUGGUGCGUCCGGCACUUUUUGCAUUCCAAGUCCCUGCGGCGGGCCAAGGAGAUGCAGCAGAUGGAGAUGGUCAGCUGCGGCACCGACUGGGACGUGAUACGCAAGUGCAUCUGCUCGGGCUACUACCACCAGGCGGCCAAGGUCAAGGGCAUCGGCGAGUACAUCAACCUGCGCACCAGCGUGACGGUGCAGCUGCACCCGACCAGCGCCCUCUACGGGCUGGGGUUCCUGCCGGACUAUGUCGUGUACCACGAGCUGAUCCUGACGUCCAAGGAGUACAUGUCGACCGUGACCUCGGUGGACCCCCACUGGCUGGCCGACCUGGGAGGCGUGUUCUAUUCGAUCAAGGAGAAGGGCUACUCGGCGCGGGAGAAGCGCAUCACCGAGACCGAGUUCAAUCGGAAGAUGGAGAUUGAGGCGCAGAUGGCGGCAGACAAGAAGCGGCAGGAGGACCAGCUGCACGCAGAAGAGGAGCUCAAGCUGGUCCGGAAAACAGGACCGUCCAAGGAUAAUAAAAAGAUGGUUACCUCGGGGGCCGUGGUUAAGCCAGCACGGAAGCGGGCAGGCCGUGGAUUUUAA